AAUGUUCACGCGGUUCACGCACACACUGACUUACAUUCUCCGGUCACCGCAUUGUCCUCUUUAUAAUUUGGAUUAGUUUCGAAUUAAGAAAAUUAAAAUCAGGGAAGUUUUUCAGUAAAAUUGUACCUAUUGUGAUGUCGGACGAAGUGUCCAAGGCCCAAGUGGCCGAUGCAACCGCAGAAGACACAAUAUUUGGUAAAAUCCUACGCAAGGAGAUCCCCUGCACUUUUAUUUACGAAGACGAUAAGUGCGUUGCUUUUCACGAUGUUUGCCCGCAGGCACCGAUCCAUUUCCUUGUGAUUCCAAGGAAACCGAUUUCACAACUUUCGAAGGCAUCCGAGGAUGAUGAAGCCCUUUUGGGUCAUUUGAUGUUGGUCGGAAAGAAGGUUGCGGUGGAGCAAGGUCUUGCUGAUGGGUUCCGCGUCGUUAUUAACGAUGGAAAAAACGGAGCUCAAUCAGUUUAUCAUUUGCACUUACAUUUUCUCGGUGGACGUCAAAUGAAAUGGCCACCGGGCUAAAAUCGGAAUUUGUUUAAAUCAGCAAUUUGUUAAAUAAAAAUGGUUCUGAGGUCAAA